UUCGCUGAUAAACUGCAUCCCAUAAUUCACUGUCAUUUUUCAGGCAGCAGGAGUGGAGCUUGCGACCUAAUACAAUCCGUUGCAUCUUCCCUGUUUUAGAACCGUAUCGUGUAUCAAAUUGUAACGAACGGGCAUGUAAGAUAAUAGUUUAACGAUAUCCCUGAUUUUAUAUAUAUUUUUUUCUCGAAUCGAUGCGGAUUUUGAAGAAGAAAAAAAGUGCUCCAAAGUAGCGGAGGGACAAAAGGACAUUCGCGCCUGAUGAUGAGAAAAGGGGGAGCCUCUGUCCCGGAGAAAGUCCUAAUUUCAGGGGUCGGGGGCUCCUCCAUGGACAAAAACCGCACAGUUCUGACCCAGUACGCCAAUUAUCAGAUCUUAACCCCUCCGCCCUGUCCGAACCAGACUAACAAUGUCGGUGUCCCAGACCCGACCGAGAGUCCGCUAUACACUACUACCCCCACCGGGGUGUCUACAAACGAGACCGGACAGCGACCACCCCUCGGAAGACACCCGACGAAGCGUCGGUUGGAGCUGGAGGAGAGUGAUCAACAGUACACCAGUGAGACGAACAGUGGCUCCAGAGCUAAGCGAGCCACCAGGCUCUCCCUCAGAGGACCCAAGACUCCCCCCUCCACGUUAGAGAAGACUAGGUAUGACACUUCUCUAGGCCUCCUGACCCAGAAGUUUGUCCAGCUGCUGGCCCAGUCCAGUGACGGGGUAGUGGACCUCAACCGGGCCGCGGAGUCCCUCAAGGUGAGGAAGAGACGCCUCUAUGACAUCACCAACGUCCUGCAAGGGGUGCAUCUCAUCAAGAAGAAGUCUAAGAACAACAUCCAAUGGAUGGGCUGUAGCCUGUCUCCACAGGGAGUUGCCAGGGUCCAGACCCCUGGCUCUGUGGGUGAAGAGCUACUGGAGUUGGCCCAGGAGGAGAAGAGACUGGAUGAACUCCUACACAUCUCUACACGCAUCGUCCAACAGAUAACUGAAGACACACCCACAAGGAAAUAUGCAUACAUAUCGUAUGAGGAUGUGAAGAGGAUUCCUAGUCUCAAGGACCAGACGGUCAUUGUGGUCAAAGCCCCUGCUGAAACCAGACUAGAGGUGCAAGACCCUGCAGAGAGUCUCCAGGUCCACCUGAGCAGUACCCAGGGUCCAAUAGAAGUCUUCCUUUGCUCUGAUGACCACGCCACCUCCUCCACGCUGAACAACGUGGCACUGAAUGGAAAAGGACAUCCCUCUUCAUCGUAUGUCAACGGAAACUCCUCUUUGUCCGUCUUCAAGGUGUCACAAGGGGGUAAUAACUCCACCGAUAGCGCCAGUAUCAGUUUCUCCAACGCCCUGUCCAGGCUCCCAGCAUGCUCAGCAGUGACAGUGACCCCUGUCUCCCUCCUCCCCCUCCAGGAUGUCGACCAGGAGCCCUUUGUCCCCCUCUCUCCCUCCCUCCUCUUUGAGGAGGACGACUACAUGCUCAGCCUGGGGGAAGACAACUUGUUCUCCUACGACCUGGACGAGCUUCCACUGGAAGACCUGCUCUGUAACUGAGUGAAAUGGAAACUCGGUGGCCAUUUUGGGGUGUUUUGAUUUUGGGGCCAUGUUAUUGGCCCAGAUUUAUGGCCCCAAUGUGGUCAUUUACAGUAUAAUGAACUGAUGUAUCCUAUAGCCCAGUGGUUUCAGCAGCCAUUUUGGAGCAAAGCUUUUUCUUGACAUCCUGGACUGGAUCGCUCAUAGAGGACCUGCUGUGUAAUUGACCUUGAAUGUGAAAAUACCUGUUCUUGGUAUAGAUGUGAAGGAAGUAAGCCUACGUUGCCAUCCGGUCAAAUGUGGCAGGCCAGCACAAACACAAGCUGUCUAGGAGGGGGAGAAUUCUGUGGCUGAACGAACAGACAAACCCCUUCUCAAAGCCUGUCUUUCUGGUUAGACCUGCACUGACAGGCAAACCAACAAUCUCUCACUCCCCUUAGCAGACCGUUAUGUCUUCUUGAUGAACUGUUCUCGUCUGAAAACACAGAUUGUCCCUAACAGAGAUGGGUUAUGGAUAUCAACCCCCUGGACACUCAUAUAUUCCACUGUGACUUAUCUGUCAACCUGUGUUUAAUAUUG